CUAAUCUACUAUACAUUCAUUAUUCAUUAUUCAUUACAUUCUCGACUGAGUCGUCUGCAUUUUCUCCCGUUGAUUCACGGCUUCACGCAUCACACCAAUACAAGAUGCCUAUGAUAAAGCUGCAGAGUUCGGAUGGCGAAGUGUUUCAAGUAGACUUCGAGAUCGCCAAAGCUUCGGUGACUAUAAAAACUAUGGUGGAAGAUUUGGGCUUGGAAGAGGAAGAUGAGGAGAUCGUCCCGUUGCCAAAUGUAAAUGCCGGUAUAUUGAAAAAAGUCAUCCAGUGGGCAACCUACCACAAAGACGACCCACCACCAGCCGAAGAUGACGAAGGGCGUGAAAAGCGCACUGACGAUAUAUCCAGCUGGGAUGCGGAUUUCUUGAAGGUAGAUCAGGGUACUCUGUUUGAACUCAUACUGGCCGCCAACUAUUUAGAUAUCAAAGGCUUGUUAGAUGUCACUUGCAAGACGGUCGCCAAUAUGAUUAAGGGCAAAACACCGGAGGAAAUAAGGAAAACUUUCAACAUCAAAAAUGAUUUCACUGCUGCAGAGGAGGACCAAGUACGUAAAGAGAAUGAAUGGUGCGAGGAGAAGUAAUUGAUUUUUGUCUACAGAUGUAUGUACUUUUUUUUUUGUCAACAGCAUAAUUUUAAUUUUUCAUUCAAUAAUAAACCUGUUUUGUAUUUAUUUACUUUUUGUAAUAGGAAUUUUGUUUUAGUCGAGGUUUUAGUUUGUAUCUUAAUAUAAGGACAAUUUGGAUUAAAACAUUUGUACAUUUUA